AUGGAAAUCCCCGAAGACUCUGUCGUGAUGGGCGCCGACAUCGACCGGGACUUGGCGACCCAGUGGAUCUACCCAAGCAACUACCCCGUCCGCGCGUAUCAGCAGUCGAUUUCCCGCGCGGCGUUGCUGCAGAACACGCUCGUGUGUCUGCCCACGGGCCUCGGCAAGACGCUGAUCGCGGCGGUAGUCAUGUUCAACUUCUACCGAUGGUUUCCGCGCGGGAAGAUCGUGUUCAUGGCGCCGACCAAGCCGCUCGUGAGCCAGCAGAUCCAAGCGUGUCACGACGUCAUGCCCAUCCCGCAGUCCGACAUGGCUGAGCUCCAGGGCAACGUCGCGCCCGCCAAGCGCAAACAGCUGUGGGCCACCAAACGCGUGUUCUUCUGCACCCCCCAGAGCCUCCAGAACGACAUCGAGCGCGGCAACUGCGACGUCCGGUCGUUCGUGUGCGUCGUCGUGGACGAAGCGCACCGCGCGACCGGCAACUACGCGUACGUGGUUGUAAUCAAGGCCAUCGCGGCCAAAGUGUCGGGGUUCCGCGUCCUCGCGCUGUCGGCGACGCCCGGCGCCAAGUUUGACGUGAUCCAGGAUGUGAUCACGAACCUGCGCAUCUCGCACAUCGAAUGCAAAAAUGGCGACGACCCUGAUGUCAG